CUGUUCUGUUCAGCUGUCAGUUUGUAUUUGAACUGCCGUCAACGUGGACGCGAAUUUCGCAGCGCUCGUACUGCCAGACGAGGCACAUUAAUCCACACCGUAGUAAGCUAGUGCGUUGUUGGAAGGAUCAAAAUCACGUCUCUCCGCCGUUUCGAUAGUUCUCCUGCUGCUGCCGCGACGGCAGGUGAGAUGAACUUUGGAUGACUUGUUUUCCUACGGUACGCACGGAGGACAAGCAGUCUGAACGGCACAGUUAACACUGAAGGACUACCGUGCGGUCGUUGGUUCCGGUUUUGAAGUUCGAGUGUUUGCCCGGAUGUGGUGUGCGGCGUGAGAAAAUGACUCUGGCCAAGGUGUGAAAAGUAAUUGAAAAUUAAAGAGCCCUCGACCGGAGCAUAGGAAGAGCAGUUAGUUACUGGUAUAUGUGUGGAAAUUUAUCGCAUUUCGUGAUUGCUUGGUAGCAAAUUUUCGAAGAUCAGCAAGGGAAAGUUUUUUUUGAUGUUUUGAUAAGUGCUGGGUUGUGUUGGGGAUUUUUUGGUCUCAAAAAGUGGCUAACCUGUGGGGGUGGUGUCACUCUCCCAAGUGUUUCCCGAUGUGGCGAAGCUGAAGUGAAAUCGAAUACUGAAGCAGAUGGAAGAUAGGCUUAUGCUGCCGGGGUAGACGUGAAACAAAAAAGGUGGUUACGUAAACGGGCAAUUAUUUACCUGUACAUGUACUGUGUGCUACCGCGCUGGGAAAGUGAAAAAGGCAAGAAAUAUUACGAUAAGGAUUAGGUGAUUAGGCGAAGUGUUUCAUUUCCCACAGUCUGUGUGCGUACCGUGUGAAGUGGGCUGGCGAAAAGCACCCACUUGUGUUUAGCGCGCUCCAUCCUCUGUUGUACAUUUUGGUCGAGUGAGGGAAAAAACGCAACUGCUUUGUUGUCGAGUUCGAUGCGUUGAGCAUGCUUUACUCGAGCCCCAUUGUGUCGGUCAUUUAUUUCCCUUAUGCGGUCUAAUCCGAUACUCAAAGCAACUCUUGGUGAACGCUUUUCAUCAACUUGAGGUAAGCCAACGCCAACGGAACAACGGUGCACGGAAGACUCCAGCAGGGAAACAGAAUUUAUUAAGCCGAAAGUAAACUUCCUCCGAGCGGAAAGCGGAAACUGGAAGCCUAAUCCGAAGGCUAAUAAGUACUGAGAAAUUUUGCUCUACGUCUACGGUGCCCGGUUGUAAAAGCUGUGCAAGCUUAUUUAAACAUUACACAAGAUCUGGCAGCUGAGAGUUGUGCUCAGCUCGGGUGUACUUUUUUCUCGUUCGCGAAAAGUGGAUGACUGAUACUGGUACUGACAGUGUCCCGAAAGGAUGUCCAUUGUGGAGUAGGAGCGGUACGGCGCUGAAGUAUUAAGGUGAAUAAUGGUUUUUUAUUGGAUCAUGUGUUUAACAACCUGGAAGCACAGAUUGACCAGGCUGUAAAUAGCGUGGAUGACUCAUCGCAACGGAAGUUAUAAGUAUUGAAGGUCGAACUUGAUGAGUGACAGCAACUCCCCAACAGUAACUCCCGCCGUCGUUGAUCGCAAAUCGAUACACUCUCGGUGAUCCGUUUCAAGCUGGAAUAUGUAGUGCAGCAUCGGCUUCCGCCAGCAGCAGCAGCAGUAGAAAGCUCUGACCGACGCGUUGAAAAUAAAGAUGAAAAAUUUAUGGAAAAUGUGUUGCAAGCGGAAAACACAGAGCGUAGUUUAUGAAUAAUUUUCGCUCAGCUGACAGUCGGAAAACUCGAACAGUCUGCGAUAGUCGUCUGGUUUUCGGCAUUGUUUAGCAGUUAGACUUUUGACUGUGAGCUCGGUUGAUUUGGGUGCGGUUCCGACAAUUGUCAACCGCAGAAUUCAUUUCGGUUUUACAUCGUCUUCAAUAUUUCAAACCAUAAAGCUAACGGUUCGAGUGCGAAUUCGUUUAGCGUAAUCGGCUUUCGAUAGAAUCCACGUUGAAGGGCCCGUAAACCUGAGAUAAAACAAAUCACGACCAUUAGUGCGCGGUGGAGUGAGGCAAGCGUCUGUCUGUGAAAAGCUAGCGAAGCGGUAAAUUGCAAAAAGCAUCCCGCUUUUGUCGUCGAUUCAGUGUAGCGUGGAGUAAAAUCAAAAUAAAUACCGGGCCAUAAAUUUCAGCGGGCGCAACUUUACAAUUGGGGCGGGUGGGGAAAAGCUUUCGCCAGUGGAAGAAGCGAGAUAGAAAGCCAGAAGGGACCGGAAAACCUUUCCCAUAAAUUAUCCAUUUCGAUAAACAAAUCAUAACCGUAAAAUGAGGCUGAAACGACUAGGUAGAAUGGAAAUUUAUGACGUCGAUCGACAGACCUACAGUGGUGCCGGUGUUCUAGACCGGGAAGAGCCACCGAAUGGCCAAAGCCAGCCGAACGGUGAUUGCCGCUUGCUUGGGAAUGGCUGCGAAAAUACGGUUGGGACGGUCGUUAGACUCACUAGCCAAGGGCCGGAUAAUCAAGCGGUAGCUCUUCCUCGUUUGAACCACUUUGACAACAGUUCGAAUUUGAGUGCAACAUCGCUGCAGCCAGCCGUCACCAAUACCACCACCGCCGCCGUCACCACAGCUGCCCCCAGCAUACCGACCGCGUGCUACCGCAGCAGGAGACUGCAAACGAUGACGGCAGGCAGAAAAGUUCGAUCCCAUCUGCAGCUGGUGACAGUAAUCGCCGCGGUGCUGCUGACACAAUUGACUGUAAAUAUUAGUAUAGGUGAAGCAGCCAGUCAGGUACUGAACAAGGCGGAGCCACUGUUCAUCACCCGGUCGGAAGCGUUCAAGUUUGCCGUUGGUGACACCAUCACGCUACCGUGCGAAGUGUCCUCCCCAGGAUCGUACGUGCUAGCAUGGAAACGCGGUAUCGCCAUCCUGACGGCGGGCACGGUAAAGGUAACACCGGAUCCCCGGGUGCGGCUGGUCAACGAGUACACGCUGCAAAUUUUGGAUGCCGCUGCCCAGGAUGCAGGGGACUACAUCUGCCAGAUUGCGACUAUGAACCCACGCGAGAUAACGCAUCACGUGGAAAUAUUGGUACCGCCCAAGAUAACGCACGUGACCUCCGGUGGCCACCUGCAGGUGCGGAAAGGCUCCCCGGUACGGCUGGAAUGCUCAGCCACCGGUAACCCGAUGCCAAAUAUCACGUGGACACGAAAGAACAAUCUACUGCCAAACGGAGAGGAACAGUUCACAUCCUCGGUGUACGUCAUCGAGAACAUGGACCGACACAAAGGUGGCACCUAUAUCUGUACGGCCAACAACGGGGUCGGCCAGGUUGCGACCAGUCAGAUCAUUCUGCAUGUUCUCUAUCCACCAGAGAUAAGCGUCGAGAACCCGACCGUGUACUCCGGCGAGGGCCAGGAGGCUAUGCUCGUGUGCAUUGUGCAUGGCGAAUCGCAACCGGAAAAGGUACUGUGGCACAAGGACACAAUGCAGAUCGAUCAAACCGAGCGGCACGUGAUUGAGAGCCGCGGGGCGCGCCACACGCUUAUCAUCCGCAAGGUGCACCCGCAGGAUUUCGGCAACUACAGCUGCAUAGCGGACAAUCAACUGGGCAAGACGCGGAAAACUGUAACGCUGACCGGGAAGCCGAAAGCGGCCGUCUUCCGCUCGAUGCCCAACAGCCAGUGGAAGGACCGGUACAACAUUUCCUGGAUCGUUGAUUCGCACUCGCCCAUCGAGGAGUACAAGCUGUACUAUCGGCUGGUGGACGGAGACCUGCUGCAGAAUCACGACGGCGUCUACAUGGACAACCGAAAAUCGCAUCACACCUACAUGGGUGGCAAUAUGCUAGAGUACGACCGGAAGAUAACCUCAUUCGAUGCCUACUCGUACAACAACGCGUACGGUGGUCACAAUCUGCACCACAAGUGGUCCAAGACGGACUGGCGGGACGUGGUGCUGCCGGCUUUCCCGUACUCCCAUCACUACACCCAAGGCAUGAGCUAUCUGCUGCGAGGUCUCGAACCGGACCAGCAGUACGAGGCCCGAGUGCAAUCGAGGAACCGUUACGGUUGGAGUGAUUUCUCCGAGAGCUUUCUAUUCACCACGUCAAACACAGAUACCGAAAUCCGUGAUCUCAGUGUAACACACCGUGGCUCCAACGGUAGCCCCCAGCGGAUCAUCACACAAUGUCUCCUUUUCACAGCGCUGGUCGCAGCCGGAAUGUUUCGGCUGAGCUUUUGAAGGUAAUUGUUAGUGACUCUAGUGGCACAAUAAUUCAACCAAGCCCCGAUGACGAAAUGCCGUGAGAGGAUUGAAUAUUAAUCCAGCACCAUCACCACCAGCACCACAAUCAUCCGUAUCCGCAUCCGCCGGGAAGGACAGAAGCUCUACAGAAGCAUAAGCGCAGGAAUAGCCUAUUUUUCAUCGGUAAUCACGUUAAUCGAUUAUUGUGUUUGAAUUACGUUCAUUUGUUGAAUCAAUUAUCGAAUGCAGCGAAGCAGAUCGAACGGUUAUCCUUUUUCAAAGGGAGAUUAAGGCUUAAUAUGAUUUGUCGGCAUGGUUUAUAGUGGCACUCAGCAGAAGAGGGGGUUGAUUAUUAUGAAUAUCCAUACGUUUGAGGCUCCAAUUGGUUUGGGAUAUUCUCAUGCAGAACACGGUUAUGCGACAAAAAAAACGAUGAAACCAAAAAGACUAUUUUUGAUAUUGAAUAAAAAAGAAUCAUUAAUUUAAAUAAACAACAAAAGAGAAUGAAUAAAUCAUGAAAAAAAUGAACGCUGAAAGAGGCGAUAAAGUUAAUUUAAAUUUAAUUAAAAUUGAAUUACCGAAAACGGGCACACCGCUGGAGUGUUUUCCAUUUCGCAUUCCGAAUUUACGCCUGUACGUUUGUUCCCCUUUUCAACGCUCUUCCGCGAGUUAAUGGAUAGUGCCACAUGAAAAACGUAGGAAAUUUGCGGUCACCGCUGACACUUCUGAGGUAUUUCGGGAUUUAUAAUGGGGUCGGGGGGAUGAGGGGUGCUGAAGCAAAAGCGUCACCAUUCGGAUCAAAACCACAUCAUUGAAACCAGUCAAAUUGUCAUAGGUUGUAUAAAUUAUUAGUAUCAUAAGUAAUUUUUAUAAAACUAAAAUCCAUUUUUCGGGGGCUCGGUAGCAGACGCCCCUGCGGCAACGGAGUUUCGAGUAAAUUGAAUGCAAUUUAAAUGAAACAAUAAAAACACAGCUUUCCGGAGGCGACACGGCAAAAGGUCGGUAAUUUAUUUCAAUUCAAUUUCAACUUCAUUUUCGCACCCUCUGGUCUAAUUACACUGAUAGAAAAAAAUUCAUUUUUUCUAGUCGUGAAGAAAAUACACCGGAUAAAUGUUCACUGGAAAAACCGUCAGGUAGUGCCAACAAUUAGAGAUAAACUAACACUCAGUAAAAAAACAGAAAAAAAUCGCACAUUUUCACUCGUGUCAAUCUGGUUGACAAACAACAAACCCUACUGUGGGAACAGAAUCAGAAAAAAAGAACUGUUUUUCUCUUGAGGCACGGGAUUCGUUCCUGAUCAGUGGACCGAAUUUGAAUAUUCAAUCACGCCUCGUGCACAAAAGCAGUUAAUUUCGAUUUUUACGAACGAUAUUCAUGUAAUUUUGAACGAAACAGACUUCUGCAAACACUUUUUUUAACAAUCUAUAUUUUCUCAUCCAACCGUCAACGAACUAGAUUAACGUAAUUUAUGUUUCAUAAACAAACUUUUGCUCGAAACGACAAAAAAAAUUAAGAUCAUCCAAAUUUUUCGAUAUUUAUCAUAAUUGAUUGCUCCUCCAUAACUGCGGCAUGCACGAGAGUGAGAGAGUCCCCGAAGCGUCGCCAUCUCGGUCGGUUGAGGCUUCCGGCUUUCAUUAGCACGAUGAAUGUUCGCAUUUUCAGGAUUGUUUUCCCCCGUCACACGGUGUGGACAAAUAAAACGCGCGCGCGGAAGUGAACACAAUGGCUGUCACCAUUUAUUGAAAUUGGCUCCGCAUCGGCCAGCCUCGCCAUUCUGUUGAACGUAGCUCUCUGUCUCUCUGUGUCUCUGUUUGGCCGCAGUAUGGUUAAUGCACUUGCAAGUAGACUGGAAAAAAAGUUGGCUAUUCACGCUACCACGUUGUGAUUGCUGUUCCGUGAAUCGAUCGCAAUUGGUUUUAAUUCGUUUUCACUCAGAUGGGAAUCUCGUUUUUUUUAUACUUAAUCCUGAUGCGGGAAUUUGCCUCAAAGAUGGGCUCAUUGAGUUGAAUGCGUAGAGUAAUCUUUUAGCUAUGAAUACCAUUUCAAAAAAUUUCCUUUACAAACGUUUACAAUUUACAAACGUUACAAAUGAAGAGAAUGAAUUCGCUGCAAACUAUUGCUUAGAUUUCUCUAUGUUUACUUCCUUUAUUGAAAAUCUGCUUAUUGAGCUGUUAUUCAGUUAAUGUGCAGGUAAUAAGAACAAUUUUUCGAGGAAAAAGUUUUGUGGUGUUCAAUAACCCCUAGUGGAAUGUUUCUCAGCAGUUUUGAAGAGCCUGAAACUGCACUCCGUGAGUGGUUAUUGCUUAUAUAUUUUCUAAUUUAGCUGAACAAACCUUUCCUGCGAUAUGUUAAGUAUAAAUCAAUUAUCAUUUUCAAAUGCCUGCCUACACUGUUUCACCACAGACUAGAUUUCGAACACUAAUAUCUUGAUUAACAGCUAAAACAUUGCCUAAAACUUUGCCGUAAUAACUGGAAUAUUUUUACAAUACUUUACUUUUUAAAAUUGUGUACAUUUAAUUUUUCCAGCAACACUGCUACAGCAUGCUGCUAUGGUAAACUUGCUUAGGGAUGAGAAAUAAUUUCUCGUGCAAGUAAGUUUGAAAGUGUGCUUAUUGCUCAUCUUCGGAGGAGCCUCCAAGAUGAAUUUUACAAGAUAUCAUCUCUUAUUACAUGAUGGAAUUGGCAACAGCAGCAUACUGCAGCAGUAUUGCUAGUAAAAUUCGUCAAACAUUUAAUCAGUCUGAGGUGAAUAAUUUUUUCUACAAGCAUCGUAGCGCCUUACGGUCUUUAUAAGAGUUUGUCCCAGGGAAAUUUCCUAUAAAUAUCAUGUAUCGAUAUAUUUUUGGGAGCCAACUGGACAUCUCUAGAGAAUAAGUUUUAGUUUUUUUCCCAUAUAAAAUCGUAUGGAAACUUUAAAAAUCGGACGCAAAAAUAUACCGAUCGAUCUGAAAAGUUACACGGUUGUUAAAGGACCCAUAAGGAACACGAAAAGUGCAUGGGAGCUAGAAGUUAUUGUUUGUCCCAUCCUAGUAUUCAUAUUGGAUGUAUUUGGACUUCUUACAGUCGAAUACAACUCAAGAACGAAACAAACAAUAUCAAUAAAAUCAACUGCGCCACGGAUGUCGCAUUAAUAUGCAAAAGUAUCAACUGUCUUUUUGAAUUGUUUCUAAAACAUGUUUCUAGAACAACUCUUACACUUUUUGGGGCGUCUUCAGUUUGUGUAUCAAUUUAUUUCUUUUCCUCUAUUACAGUUAGUUGAUAUUUGCGCUAAUUAAACUUAAUUCAGCUUCUGCACAGCUUGCAGCACUUCAUUCAGCCUUCGAGCGGGAAAUAUGCAAUGUAGAAUGAUGAAGUUUAAUUGGGUGCAUAACUAGAGGACAUUUGGCAUAACUGAUUGAAGAGUUUAACAAUCAGAAUUCGUUCAAAUUUUUAUGAAGUUUCUUUUGAGACGAAAAAUAGUAUUUAUCAAUUGUAAAUAAAAGUUUGGGCACCAGCCUUAAACCUAAAGAUUGCAGUUUUAAAUCAAUGGAUGUUUUUCAUAUGUUAUUUAAAUAUGAGAAAUCCAAUAAUAUAAUAUGGAAAUCCAAUACAAAUCCAAUCACAUCCAGGGUGCUCCAGUAGUUUUUUUUAACAAAUUUUUACCAACUUUUGAAACAUUAUGUGAGCCAUCUUGUGGUAGAUUUUCCAGAGAUAUGUGCAAUUUGACAGUAAAGUUCUUUUUUACACGAUUCUAUGUACCGUGCAAAAAAACAUAUAAAGAACCGCGUUAUUUGGAAAUAAAAAAAGGCGUUAUUUGAAAAACGUCGUAAAAAAUCGUGUAUAAAAAACGGGUAAAAAAGAAACUGUGUAAAAACAGCCUAUUUUAGUCUGAUACCGUUACUGUUACUUACUGUAACGUGUAAACGUGUAAAAAAAUCGCGUUAUUUGGAAAAUCGUCGUUAAAAAGAAUCGUGUAAAAUAAAACCGUGUAAAAAAAUACUUUGCUGUAUUAUAUUCGAAAAUAAUGAGGGAACAUAAACUUGAAGAAUUUUACAAAUUUCCAUUAAAUAAUUUCCAUCAAAUAACUAAACUACAAAUACAGAAACCUUCUUCGGCAUCUCCUGGGUUGGCAGCAAAUUCAUUCGGUGGAAAUAUUUACAAAUUUGCAAUUUUAACUGGUAACACUGAAGCAAAAAAAAAGAUAAAAAUCCUUAAUAACCCGAAAAAUCUUAAAAAUCAUUUCUUGGGUUAUUUGAAUUUGAAAAUUACCAGACAUUUUUGGAGAUAAUGAAAAAAAUCAGAAUAAUAUCUUUUCUGGCCGGAAGGGUAGCCAGAAUGAAUAUUUUUGUAUUUAAAAACUAAAUUAACAUUUUUCAACAAAUGCAGCCAAUUUAUCAAUAAAUUUGAUAGUUUCAUCGUGUUCCUCGGAAAAUUUCACAUAGAAAACACCCUGCAAACAGAAGUAAUAUGAGCCAAUCUCGAGAUAUAACAAUUUUUUGGAAAUUGUUCGAAAUUCCUCGUUUUUAAUCCAAAAAUCAUAUUUAUUUGAAAAUGUCUGUUGUUUGUUCUAACUCAAAGAACAAUCAAAAAAUGAUUGUUAGGAUUUUUUGGUUAUUGAAGAACUCUGAAGGAAGAAAACUCUCCUAUUUUGCAAAAGUGUUGCCAGAUUUUUCAUUCCAACAUUUUUUUUUUUCAA